AAGUGUAUAUGAUAUCUGAACAAUUGGAUUAACAAUAAAAUUUUGCGAAUCUACAUUAAAAAUAGACUCUCAAGUGGUGGCCUCCUCCCUGAUAAGAGCGACAAAGAUUGGUUCUAUUGUUUUAUGGCCAUUCUUUGAUUUCUUUGUUUUCUAAUUUUUUUUUUACGGUAAUUGAUCUAUGAACCCAUUUGGCAGUUAAACAAGUAGUCAUGGAAGUAGCUAUCAUCUAUAUUUGAUUGUAAUUAAUAUAUAUUUAAUACCCCCGGGCCAACACGCUACUCCAGUGCCAAUACGCACAAAAAUCGAACUCGUUCAGUCUUCUUCCGUCAAUCAUAAAGGGUGCAUCGUGGUGUCGACAUCUAAUUUAUUGUAUAGGGUCUAUAAAAUGGGUGUAUGGAGUGUCUAUACAACACUGUACAAAGCUCUAUAAUCAAGAAGUUCGACGAAAAAAAUCGAUGAUAUGGAACAAGAACGUCAAGGGAUGAAUUCUCUACAAGGGAUGGAAACCUUGACGGGAAGUUUUUUGGCCGUAGAAUCAUUUGUUCCUGAAGGAGAGAACAGAAAUGGUUGCUGUAAGGUAUUCAAAAUGAAGGGAUCGACGCUGGACAAAAUCUGCGCCUUUCUGGGCGAACUUAUCGGCACCGGAAUCCUUGUCUUCCUGGGCUGUAUGGGUUGCAUCAACUCGCCCAUCUUUGCCAACACCCAUCUACAGAUUAUCCUGAACUUCGGUUUCGCCGUCUUAAUUGCCAUCCAGUGCGUUGGAUGUGUUUCCGGUGCCCAUGUCAAUCCUGCCGUGACCGUGGCUGCCCUAAUCUACGACAUGAUCACUGUCAAGAUGGCCCUUGUCUACUUUGUGGCCCAGUUGCUGGGUGCAUUCAUUGGAUACGGACUCCUCAAGCUUCUAAUGCCCACCAGUGUCGUUGAAGUUGGGGCUGGUCUUUGUGUGACAUUGCCCCACACUGAGGUCACUGUUGCCCAGGCCUUUGGAAUUGAGUUUGUGGUCACCUCUAUUCUAAUUCUGGUUUGCUGCGGUGUCUGGGAUCCGCGUAACUCCAAGUUCCACGAUUCGGUUCCCAUUCGCUUUGGCCUGGCAGUUGCCGGUUUGGCUUGUGCUGCUGGUCCUUUCACCGGCGCUAGCAUGAACCCGGCCAGGUCCUUUGGUCCCGCCCUCUGGAACGCUCACUUCGAACACCACUGGAUCUAUUGGGUAGCCCCUCUGUCCUCCGCCGCCAUCACCGCCUACGCCUACAAGAUCGUCCUCCGCCGUGAGGUCGUCCAGGCAGAGGCGUCCACCGAUGAGAAGUUGCGGGAAAUCCGCUAAUAGUUACCAAAGACAUUGCUUUAGGAAAAAACACACACAAAGCCUUAACUAAUUUACUAUUAAGCUAAGAUGCCGAAUUUUAUACUAAAUCCAUUCAUUUUACGCUACUGAAUAUGAUUAAGGUGUUCUUCUUUGGUUUUUAAACCACAUAAAGUUUUGCCUUAAUUGCUGUCAAAUAAAGAACAUCGAGAUUUUUAAAUUA